CGCAGCAGCUGUGCUGCGUGUGUAGUGCAUUGGGAACAAGCGGAUGUGUGAUGUAGAUGUGCAGCAGCGUGUCAUUCUGUUUGUAUUCUGUGUUCAGGAUGCUUGAGGUCUAGAAGAAUCAGAGUUGUGGUAUAAUAACAGGAUAGACGUUCGUCAUAUAUCCUUCACGUUAUGAAUGUGAAUAUAUCGCCUGCUGCAGCAGACUACAUGAAGUUUCUAAUUACCACAUCGAAUGGAAGGCGAACCAUCUGACAGAACCAAGACGUCAUAAAGGAACGAUUUCAUUUUCUGCAAAUAAGCCAACAAUGUUCAACCACAGCUACGAGAAACGACUCUACUGGGUACCUGAUAAGAAUACUGUGUCUCCUUUGAAGUCUUCGAAUGCUGUAAAUGACUGCAGUAAAGGUGAUGCCACAAACUCUAUAGAGUACGGAUUGCAACGCUUUAGAUGUGUAAGAGACACUGUUGAAGUUUCUUGUGGACCCGAUCGAUUCAUCCCACGCCGCACUAGAUCAAGUUGGUACACUAAGUUUCCUAUGAUCUCAAAUAAUGAGCGACCAGGAUUGUCUUCAAGGAGGAGAAGGACUCGGGAAGCCGGUGAGUCGGCGAGAGAUGUGGCGACAUACACUUCUUUGUUAAAAAAUGAACUGCUGGGGUGUGAUAUUGAACGCAUUGAAAAUAGUUUGGAAGAAAGUGAAAAUUUACAACCGCUGGAUGGUAAAAAUUUAUUUCAGUAUUCAUCACCGUGCAAGGAAAGAUCUAUGUGUGAUGCUUCACGAGUGUCGUCCUAUUCUUUAUCACCUGUGAGUGCCAAAAGUGAGAAACUUCUUAACUCCCCCAGUAAAGUUACUAGAAAAAUACCGAAAAUUCCAUUCAAGAUUCUGGAUGCACCUGAGCUGCAGGAUGACUUUUAUUUGAAUUUGGUUGACUGGUCAUCUCAGAAUGUACUUGGUGUUGGUCUUGGCAGCUGUGUAUAUUUAUGGUCUGCAGGUACAGGUCAAGUCACAAGACUUUGUGAUCUUUCAGCUGACCAAGACUCUGUGACCUCUGUUGCAUGGAAUGAAAAAGGUAAUCUGGUAGCAGUGGGUACUCAUCUUGGAUACACUCAAGUAUGGGAUAUCAGUGUUAACAAACAUAUAUAUAAAACACAGUGGCAUUCAGCAAGAGUGGGUUCAUUAGCAUGGAAUGGUGACAGCCUCUCCUCUGGUAGCAGAGACAGGCUUAUCUUGCAGCGUGACAUACGUACUGCUGGUUCAGUGCCUCAAAGGAGUCUUGUUGCCCAUCGGCAGGAAGUUUGUGGUCUGAAAUGGUCUCCAGAUAAUCAGUAUCUGGCUUCUGGAGGGAAUGACAACCGGUUACAUGUAUGGAAUUUACAUUCCUUGUCUCCGUGUCAGACAUACACCGAACAUAAGGCUGCAGUGAAAGCAAUUGCUUGGUCUCCCCACCACCAUGGACUACUUGCUAGUGGUGGUGGCACAGCUGACAGAUGCAUAAGAUUUUGGAACACACUUACUGGACAGCCAAUGCAGUCCAUAGACACCUCUUCCCAAGUUUGCAACUUGGCAUGGUCCAAGCAUUCUUCAGAAUUUGUCAGCACUCAUGGAUAUUCCCAAAACCAGAUAUUGGUUUGGAAAUACCCUAGCCUGACACAAGUUGCAAAAUUGACAGGACAUUCAUACAGAGUUCUUUAUUUGGCUGUGUCGCCAGAUGGAGAAUCAAUUGUUACGGGUGCAGGAGAUGAAACAUUGAGGUUCUGGAAUGUGUUCAGUAAGACUCGAUCACAAAAGGAGAAUAAGUCCGUCCUGAAUUUAUAUGCAAGUAUACGAUAAUGUACAGGAAGAGAGAGAAGCAAACUGUGUUCCCUGGAGCAGAAUAUGGGACCAUGUUAGUUUAGGGAGAAAAUUUUUUUUACACGCAUAUUUGUGUAUCUGAAGUUCUUCUCAUUAAGUUUUGAAUUAAAACUGUGGGAGAAAUGGCUGCUAAAUUCCACUGUACGUGUUAACCUACUGAUGCUAGUCCUUUAAUUCAGUAUUUGCUAAAUUGAAAAGUUAGAUUUGUAUCAUUUUGCUGCUGUACUUUUCCUCUGGUUUUUAUGGGUUUUGUAAAUGUUCCCAUUGUUGUGAAAUUCCUGUUUUGUUAA